AUGGAGCGCUCCAAGACCCAUGAAGCGUUCCUGAAAGGGAUUCGCGUGCUCGAAGACUGGGUCCGAGAUACAGUCAGCACCUCUCUCCUCAAGAGCUGCUGUACCGCGGACCGCGCACUGGACCGCUGGGUCUACGCGUUGAAGGAACGCGUAGGGAUAACCACUCGUGAGAGACGCACCGCCGCGAGCGAAGCAUAUAAGAGAGCGCUCCAGAUACCGGAGCGGAAGCGACUCGCAACGAAGAAAGAGCUGGAAGAGUGGCUUACGAAGUGGGAAGAAUCAAUCCACGAAGCAGCAGCGGCGGGCGUCCCGGGUACCGAGCUCCCCAGUAUAUGGUUCCCGGAAUUCACCUACGCCGUGAGCCACAGCUACGCCGAUACAUGGAUCUUCUUAUACCAGACCGUCAAGGACGAACGCGUCGAAAGCGAGAAACUGAGCGUUGGAGAAGUCCUGUCAGACGCGCGGCGGUUCCUACAAACAACCUCUCAACACAACCCGAAGAAGCAGGCCGGACGCGGAGCGUUUGGUCCUACCACAGAAGCCACUUCAAGAAACGAAGAGGAAGGGGAACGAACUUCCCCCGCGCGCCUAACGGUACCAAUGAGAAGCAGCCGGGGAUCUCGAGGAAACACGCGCUCCAGAGGAGGAGCUCGCAGAGACCGGUCGCGGAAGAGAAGCGAUGGGGAGAGCGAGGGCAACCGGCUGUGCCCUGCGUGCCUGAAACCUCACCCGCUCUCGAAGUGCUGGCUCGUCAACGAACGGGAGCGCCCUGAGUGGUACGAGCCGAGUAGAGAGCUUCUCGCGAACCUCGACGAGCGGAUGAGAAAAGACGAAACGCUCGCAAACCGUGUCAGGAAGGUGAGAGAACCAGCGAAAGAAGAACACUGA